GUACAUUAACAGGUUACCGUUCGAUUCCAUAGAGCAUCGCCAUAGAGAAUACGCCCAACGAACGAAUGCAAGGAUUUAGCUGGUUGUUCGAAAUAAAUUCGAUAAGAUAAAUAGUGAAGUGAUCUUCGCGACUGUAACGUCGACAGCGAGCAUUACUCAACGGCUAAAGCACGAUAUUUUACUAGUCUCUCCUCUGUUUCGAUUCGCGCUUGCAGUUUCUUUCGGAGCAUCGGUAUACCCUUCGAAGACGGAAGUUUCGUUUUCACUUUCCUACUUUCGACGUUUCUCCUUUUAGGAAACGUCACCGCUGUGCGAUCUCGCGAAAAUCGCGAAUUCGAUUAGUCGCUAAUUUCGAAGCGCGCGACGAGCCCUUCGCGUUUUUUCCUCGCGAACACUGUUCAGUCUCGAUGGUCGCAAACGAGGGCCAAUCGAGCACAAGGACGGAAUAGCUAAAUCGUCGUCGUGAAAAUGAUCGCUAGCGACAAGGUUGCGCGUAACGCGCCCAAAUGGAAUUUCAAUAGGUAGAACCGCUGCCCGUUGUCCGCGCGGUACGAUCCUCGAUCGCGUUCUCCCCAAGGUCGAACGUUUCCUCGAUUCCCUGGAAUUACGGCCGUUUCCAAUUUUCGAGGCGGCCCUCGUCGAACAUCUCCGCGAAAAAGACGCGAAAAAGACGCGUAAAACGUUCCGAGCGUGACGCGAUUCGACGGCGACCGAGAGGACCCCGUCACGCUCGUUCCUCGACGAUCGUUUCGGCUCGGUUUGGACAAUGGCCAAGGACGCGUUACUCAAUCUCGCGUCGGUAACGAACGUGCUUCGACACGAGGUUACUCGUUUUCGAUGCAGCCUCGCGACCAGCGCGAGGCAACCCGACGCGAAGCAACGCCCAGAGGUUAACAAUUAUGCGCGAUUACGCGAGAGGCGAAUAUUCAGAAUCGGUGCACGUACCGUCGACGCGUAUCGUCGCGAUCGAACCGGUAUAAAAGAGGGCUACACCGCUGUUUCGAGCAUCAAUCGAUCGUCAACGGUCUUCCAAGCUUCUCGCAUCUCCUCGACAAACUACAACAUGAAGUGCAUCGCGGCCGUCGCUCUGCUCGCCCUGUUCGGCGUUGCUCUGGCGAAACCUCUGGAAACGGAAUCGCUGGAACCGACUUCGGCGAUAGCCGAAUCACCCGUGGCCGAAACCGAAAACGCGGCAAGGGACAAGAGAGGAUUGCUGGUGGGUGCGGCUUACACCGCUCCCGUGGCCUACAGCGCGUACACCGCUCCGGUUGCCUACACGAACGCCUACAGCUACCCUUACGCGGCCUACUCCGCUUACCCCUACUACGCUGCCGCUUACACCGCGCCCUACUACGUCAUUUAGACGCGACCGUCGUCGGGACAGUACGCUUUCGGCACAGGACCACGCGACGACUGCGUCCCGAUCUCCGCGCAACGGCUCCAAAAGGAGAGCCGUCCGGACUCGAUCGAGAUGCACGAACAUAUUACCCCCCUAACAGCCCAUCUACUAACAAUCGAACGUGUAUCGCUUUUUAUACGAUAGACUAAACCGUGUAAUAAAGUUGGUUGCAAACUACAUACAUAGAAAA